GUACAUGCUGAGGCAGAACUGGGGAGUCAGGCACAUUUACACACAUACACACACACACACACUCAUCUGCUGUCAGCAGUACACACGAUCUGAGUCUCACGUCUCUUUCUCCGCGAUCCUUGCGAUCUCAUCAUGACCCAGAGGUGAUCCUCGUUCCGGUGGUUCUGGGAGUCCAGGUCUGUGGUGAAAGAGCGAGAUAGAGACCUCUUUAUAGGUGAAAGGAUUGCCCAGGGCCACAGCGCCCAGAAUCUGAAGCGUGUGAUCUCUGUGUGUGUGCACAGGAGAGCAGCAGUUAUCCAGGCAGGACUAAAGAUCAGGAUGGAGAAGGAAGAUCUGAAGAUUGUCAACAAGGGUUUGGAGGAUGAAAUGGAGCUGAGCGGGUAUCGGCUGUGCCGAUGGAAGCUGGUUCUGGUGGGUUUGGGUGGUCUCUGUACAGGAGGUUUUCUCUUCCUGCUGCUCUAUUGGAUGCCUGAAUGGUGUGUGAAGGCCACCUGCACACGGACCACCGUCAGAGAUGCAGACGUCGCCCUUUUACGAAGCACUGAUGAGUUCAAGCGCUGGUUUCGAGCCAGGAUUCGGAUAAUGCUGGCUCCUGGUAAAGACCCUUAUGACAACCAGGCCUCUCAAACCGCCUCCCCUCAGGCCAGUGACCACACCCACAACCCCUCUGACUCCGCCCCUGGGAAAAUCACCAGGAAUCCAGAGGACCAGCAUGUGCCGACACGUUAUUUUACCCUACACAGCACUAAAUACUUUUGGAACGACUCCAUCCAGAACUUUGAAGUAUUGACAGGCCUGGAAGAUAUGAGCAUGACCUGCUCAUCCGUUCACUCAAAGCACAGCGCCGGGCUCAACAAAAACCAGCAGGAGUACAGGAGAUUUUUUUUCGGACUCAAUGAAAUAGACGUGAAAGUGCCUUCUCUUUUCAAGCUGCUAAUUAAAGAGGUCCUCAAUCCUUUCUACAUCUUCCAGCUCUUCAGUGUUAUCCUGUGGUGUAGUGAUGAAUACUAUUACUACGCAAUGGCCAUAAUUUUCAUGUCCGUCAUAUCAAUAGCUACCUCUCUCUAUACUAUUAGAAAGCAAUAUGUAAUGCUACACGACAUGGUGGCAGCACACAGUACUGUUCGAGUUACAGUCUACAGGGGCGAAAACGAAACCGAGGAAGCCCUGUCCACAGACUUGGUCCCUGGCGAUGUCAUCGUCAUCCCCAGCAACGGGACCAUCAUGCCCUGUGAUGCAGUGCUCGUCUGUGGAACCUGCAUUGUUAAUGAGAGCAUGCUUACAGGUGAGAGUGUUCCAGUUACAAAGACUGACCUUCCAAACCCUCAACGGGACAAGAAGGGUGGGGAUGGAGACGCCAUUUACAGCACAGAGGAACACAAGAGACACACACUCUUCUGUGGCACAAACGUCAUACAGACCCGCUACUACACGGGAGAAAUGGUCAAAGCUGUGGUGGUCCGGACAGGUUUUAGCACUGCUAAAGGGCAGCUGAUCAGCUCUAUCCUGUACCCAAAACCCACAGAUUUUAAGCUGUACCGGGAUGCCUACCUGUUCCUGCUGUGUUUGGUGGCCAUUGCCAGCAUCGUCUUUUUCUAUUCUUUGGUCAUGAAAAUCAUAAAUCAGGAACCAGUAAAGGAAAUCAUAGUCAAGUCUCUGGACAUCAUUACUAUCACAGUGCCCCCUGCACUGCCGGCAGCCAUGACAGCGGGCAUCGUCUAUGCUCAGCGGCGCCUCAAGAAAGUGGGGAUAUUCUCCAUCAGCCCACAAAGAAUCAACAUCUGUGGGCAGCUGAACCUGGUGUGCUUUGACAAGACGGGCACCCUCACAGAAGAUGGCUUGGACAUGUGGGGAAUUCAACGAGCAGAAGAUGGCAGAUUCCAGCAUUCAGAAGAAAAAGCAGAUGAUAAGAGCUUAGUAACAACCAAGUUUGUGUCCUGCAUGGCCACCUGUCACUCCCUCACCAAGAUUGAGGGUCAGCUCUCUGGAGAUCCACUAGACCUCAAGAUGUUCGAGGCCAUAGGCUGGACUUUGGUGGAAGCUACAGAAGAGGAGACGGCUCACCAUGACCGCAUUGAACUCACUUACGUAAAACCACCCAGUCAGCUUCUGCCGCCUUCAGUCACAUCACCUGAACAGGACCUGGAACUCUCUGAACUCUAUGAGCUCUCGGCGUCAUAUAUGAUUGGUAUCGUGCGGCAGUUCUCCUUCUCCUCUGCUCUGCAGAGAAUGAGCGUGGUUGUCCGACAGAUCGGAGAGAGACGGAUGGACGCCUAUCUGAAAGGAGCUCCAGAGGUCGUGGCAAGCCUGUGUAAGAAAGAAACAGUACCAGAAGAUUUUGCAGAGGUUCUGGAGGACUACACCAAACAGGGCUUCCGGGUCAUCGCGCUGGCACACAGACGGCUGGAAUCCAAACUUACAUUUCAUAAAGUGCAGAACAUUAACCGGGAUCAAAUUGAGAAAAAUAUGGAUUUUCUGGGUUUGAUCAUCAUGCAGAACAAGCUGAAAACGGAAACUCCAGGUGUGCUGGAAGAUCUACGACGUGCCAACAUACGCACCGUUAUGGUCACAGGUGACAACAUGCUGACGGCCAUCUCCGUGGCACGAGACUGCGGCAUGAUUCAGCCACAAGACCGAGUCAUUAUUGCAGAUGCUCUGCCACCUAAAGACGGCCAGGCUGCUAAGAUCACGUGGCACUACGCCGACAAACCCAGCAAACUCUCGAACAAGCCCACCAAACUAGAGGAGAUGGAGAUUAUUAUGGAAGACGGGAAUUCUGUGGAUGAGAUGAAACCUCAGGAACAGUAUCACUUUGCCAUGAGCGGCAAAUCAUUUGCUGUGAUUACUGAACAUUUCCAGGACCUGCUCCAGAAGCUGGUGCUUCAUGGAACCGUGUUUGCAAGGAUGGCCCCCGACCAGAAGACUCAGCUUGUUGAGACAUUAGAAAGUGUAGACUAUUUUGUUGGAAUGUGUGGAGAUGGAGCGAACGACUGUGGGGCACUGAAGAGAGCUCAUGCUGGGAUCUCUCUAUCAGAGCUGGAGGCUUCAGUGGCUUCUCCAUUUACCUCCACGACUCCCAGCAUCACCUGCGUGCCCAAUCUGAUCAGGGAGGGCAGAGCGGCUCUCAUCACUUCCUUCUGUGUGUUUAAGUUCAUGGCUCUGUACAGUAUUAUUCAAUGCUUCAGUGUCGCCCUUCUCUACUCCAUUGGCAGCAACCUGGGCGACUUCCAGUUUCUCUUCAUCGAUAUGGCUAUCAUUCUUUUAAUUGUCUUCACUAUGAGUUUGAAUUCUGCAUGGAAGGAGCUUGUCGCUCGGAGACCUCCCUCCGGUCUCGUCUCAGGUCCUCUCCUCUUCUCAGUUCUGACCCAGAUUUUAAUUUGCCUGGGUUUCCAGAUCAUGGCCUUCCUCUUGAUCCAAGAAUUGGACUGGUACUCAGAACCAGAUUUCUACAACUGCUCUGCUCCGCAUCACAUGGAUAACGCCACUGAAGAAGAAGAAGAGGCUGAAGACACAAUCAUGAGCGAUGUGAACACCACUCUCUUCUUCGUCUCCUCUUUUCAGUACCUCAUUGUUGCCAUUGUUUUCUCCAAAGGAAAACCUUUCCGGCAGCCCAGCUACAAGAACUGGCCAUUUGUACUCUCUGCUUUAAUUCUCAUCGGUUUCCUGUUUUUCAUCUUGUUUGUCCCAAUCUCUGGAAUUUAUGAAUUUUUAGAGAUUGUAUGUGUUCCUUUGAGCUGGCGUGUGUAUGUGGUGCUCAUCGUGCUGGGGAACACCCUGGUGUCUGUCUUCAUCGAGACUGUCGUGCUUGACGUCAUCUUAUGGAAGCAUGUGUUCAGCAGAGACAAGCAGGGCAGCUAUGGCGUCUCCCCUGCAGGCCCGACACCACAGGUAGGAAUAGACAUGUUUGGAACGAAAUGGCUCUCCUGGCUCUGCUGCCGGCAGAAAAAAGUGCCCAAGGCUCGGUACAUGCACCUGGCCCAAGAGCUGAGCGUGGACCCUGACUGGCCUCCCAAACCUAAGAGCACUACUGAAGCCAAACCCUCCCCUGAUGCGGAUGACUGCUCCUACCAGAUCGAGGCCGUUUCCUAGCGUUUCAACCGACACACUCAUUACCGCAGGUCUAAACCACCUUUAAACAAAUGAAUUGAUUUUGUUAAAAGAGAUAGGAAAGACACCAAAAAACCUGCAAAGGAGAGUUUGUAUUAGCACCUCAAAGAUAUCUUUAGGUGAUUCAACGUCUCUCUUUGAUUUUUCUUUUUUUUUUUUCUUCUGCUCAAGAUUAUAAUUUUUUUAGUGGGCGGGGCUCGCAGGCUGGGAACUGUGGAAGCCCCGCCCACACGGGAAUUCGGUUCGUCACCGCUAUCCCCUUAAGACAUCAAGUAGACCGCAAAAUGAUUGAACUCUACCAAAUGUGGCUCUUUGCGUCACCUUCUCCAUGAUUUCAUGGACCUGGUGGCUCUCUUACGGAUAUCAGCUCUUCACUGGAUUUUAAGCGAUGUCCUGUUAUGUAGUCGGUAGCGCAUCAUCUCCACAGGCUGCGCGGCAGAGGCUGCAUGCGAACGCUUUGAAACCAUCGCUGCAUGCAGAACAAUCCAAACUUUAGUGGCUCACAGAAUCCACAAUCCAGCUUCAUUACCAGCCAGCUCUAUUUAGAUCUAUAGAAUUACACAUGCUCUUUACUUUUCAUAUCUCUUCCCAUGGAAGAAUCGGGGCAGGGAGAGGAAGUGAGGAAGGCUAAACAUUGUGAAAGUCGUUUGUGUUUUGUUCACCUCUCCCAACGCAGUGUCCAGUGAUAGGGUUUGAUUUGGUCCAUCCUGAAACUUAUUACCAAUUUUUGUUGAAAACUGUGUCAGAGGUCCUGGUUUAUUCAGCAUCAUCAUAUUUGCAAUGAGGCAUUUCUAAGAGUUGCAUUGGGAAUCGGCUGGAAGGGGCUCAUGGCGCAUUGAUUGUUCACAUAGAAAUUUAGGGCACAUUCAUUAGGAAAAUGUACAAAUGAUAGAGCUUUAAACUGGAGUCUUUGUUUGAAAUAGGGGACGAUCUGAAAAUUGUAUUUUCUCAUUUUUCAAUCCAAAUCAAAUCAUGCUCCCAAUGAAAUCACUCAAAAUUGGCCAGAUGACAGUAUUACUUGUGCAUGACUUUUUAACGGUUUUGCUGCUAAUCUAUGAAAAAAGCAACUUUUCAAAAAAAUCUGAAGGUUCGAAAUGUUGCAGAUGAUCCCUUUCAUUCUUUCAAAUAUGUUUUACUUGCAUAAUGUAUGCAGUGCAGUUCAACUAUCCCUAACUUUUGCAGGCUUGUCUCAGUGUAUCUUUUUUGGUUUAUUUGUUUGCUUUUUGAAGGAAAUAAUGUUUUAUAUAUAUAUAUAUAUAUAUAUAUAUAUAUAUAUAUAUAUAUAUAUAUAUAUAUAUAUAUAUAUAUAUAUAUAUAUAUAUAUAUAUAUAUAUAUAUACGCAUACAUACACACAUACAUACACACACACACACACACACACACACACAGACACACAGACACACACACACACACACACACACACACAUAUAUAUAUAUAUAUAUAUAUAUAUGGUGGUCACCUUUGUUUUUAUAUCUGACAGUUUGUAAUGUUGCAUGUGGAGUUUUGGUCAGUCACUUAGGUUGGUGUCUUUUUUUAUUUUAUUUUUUUUUUGCAUUUUACACAAUUUCAAAUGGAAAAUGAUUAAUAGUAACAUUUCACUAUUAAAAAAUAGAUUGCAUGUCUAUUGGGCUUCUCUUCAUUUAAUUAAUAACAUGUGAGGUAAUACAAUUAGUAAACAUAUUAAAGAUAUGUUUUACACAAACCUUAAAAUGUCCAUACAGUACAUCCUACAAUCUGAUCAAAGGUUUUCUUCCAUGUUUGCAUUUAUUUAUUGUUUGGAUUUCAAAUUGAUGUUGAUUUAUUUUACUGUACGGGCCAGUUUAAUCUGACAAAGGGCUGAAUCUGUCUCUGUAUUUAAUGCUCCAUUUCUGCAAUACUUUGGUACUGUUUGUUUUAUGAAAUGGUAUUGAUCAUCUUAAAUGAUUGCAGUGUGUUCUUUUCAUCUGUGUUUGUCCGAUUAUUGUAUUCCUAUGCUUGUUUCUUUCAUAAAUGUGUGUUUGCUGUGCAUUCCUUGAACGAGGCAACAAAAAAAUCACCUUGCUUUUUAUUGACCUGGGUGAGACGAUCAGUUACAUGAUGUAUCAGUUUUGUGAACUAUCUCCUCAAAAUAUCUGCUCGCACCAUCUACUGACCCCGGAUGAUAAACAAACACAACAAUCUUUGUCUUUUUUAAAAAACCUGUAUGUCCUUAACUAAUGUGAACGUAAUACUGAAUGAUUUUGGGAUUGGAGAAUGUUAAAUUAUUUUCUUUUUUAAUUAUUGUUCUUGUUGAUGCUAAGUUUAUUUCAUUUUUUUAUUUAAAUAGUUUUGCUUUGCUUUCUGAACUGUGUGGUGUGGCAAUCAGUUUCUCUUCCUCUAGGAGGCAGUAGGUUGCUUGAGAACAUCAUUUAAUCCGGUCACAAUAACAGACCUGCACCUUAUGCGCAUUUCUAUUGGUUCUGUUCACUUUUCCACCUUCAAAUGCGCACUGAAAUAUGUUAUGUCGUUCGUUAUGGUCCAUAGCAAUCAUUUAUGUUUCAUUUGUUUUUUGCAAUGUCCAUGUCAUCUGUAUAUCAUAUCUGCAGUUCACACAGAAAUAAGUGUGUUUGAUUACUGGAGGUCAUUCAAUACACAAUGUUACUCCUUGCUUUCAUUUUGUACCGUAUGUCAUGCUCAUUUCCAUUUUCUGCUUCUUUUAAAGCUGGAGUGGUGAAUUUCCUCAGGGAAAUGUGUGUGUUUGUAAUGAUGAAUGCUAAAUGCUAAAUAAAUACGUCUGGAAAAUUCAUGCGAGUCAGAUUCUUGGAGAUGUUCAGUAAAUUCUAAGUCCCACCACGUUUUAUUUUUGUAGCGAUGUGAAUGUCAUAGCACUUUUUUAUACACAUGUAAUUUAUUUUUAAAAAUUGUAAGUUGUCCUGCUUUUCUCCCUUAUUAAAUGCUCUGUAAUAAAUGUCACAAACAGAAGUUUA